AAUAUACGUAUACGUAAAGUCUGUCAAACGAAAUACACAGUUUAUUACUUGGGAAUGACGACAGAGGAAGCAUUUGCACCGAUCAUUAGGCUCCAGGCUGACGACACGACAGCAUUUCUUCGCGCUGCUCGGUCUGGAAACCUCGAGAAAGUGAUCGAAUUCCUCGAUACCGAUUUAGAUAUUAAUACAGCCAAUUCGAAUGGUUUAAAUGCUUUACAUUUAGCAUCGAAAGAUGGCCACGUCGAAAUAGUAACGGAAUUGUUAAAAAGGUCUGCUAAAGUCGAUGCAUCCACGAAAAAGGGAAACACUGCGUUGCACAUAGCUUCGUUGGCUGGACAAGCAGAAAUAGUAAAUAUACUUAUUCAGUAUGGAGCUGCGGUUAAUAUCCAAUCGCAAAAUGGUUUUACACCUUUAUACAUGGCUGCUCAAGAAAAUCACGAUCAAGUCGUAAAAUUGUUGCUCAGCAAUGGGGCUAAUCAGAGUCUUGCAACAGAGGAUGGAUUUACACCUCUUGCAGUGGCAAUGCAACAAGGACACGACAAAGUUGUUAGCGUGCUCUUAGAAAAUGAUUCGAAGGGUAAAGUCAGGUUACCAGCGCUUCAUAUCGCGGCGAAAAAAGACGAUUGCAAGGCGGCUGAUCUAUUAUUACAAAACGAUCAUAAACCCGACGUCACUUCGAAAAGUGGUUUUACACCGUUGCAUAUUGCCGCCCAUUACGGAAACGAAGAAAUAGCGCGUUUAUUAAUAAAGAGGGGCGCAGACGUGAAUUAUAUCGCAAAGCAUAAUAUAAGCCCCUUGCACGUCGCGGCAAAAUGGGGUAAAAACAAUAUGGUUAAGGUAUUAUUAGAAAAUUCUGCACAAAUCGAUGCUAAAACUAGGGAUGGUUUAACGCCGCUUCAUUGUGCAGCAAGGUCGGGGCACGAACAAGUGAUUACUACACUACUUGAACAUUCUGCACCUAUCAGUGCACGAACGAAAAAUGGACUCGCGCCGUUGCAUAUGGCGUCGCAGGGGGAUCAUGUGGAUGCAGCGAGAGUAUUAUUGUAUCAUCGAGCCCCGGUCGACGAAGUUACGAUCGAUUAUUUAACCUCUCUUCACGUUGCUGCACACUGCGGGCACGUUAGGGUUGCAAAACUACUUCUCGAUCGAAAAGCUGAUCCAAAUGCACGGGCUCUGAAUGGCUUCACGCCGUUGCACAUUGCUUGCAAGAAGAAUCGGAUAAAAGUUGUCGAGCUUUUAUUAAAACACGGAGCAUCAAUCGAGUCCACGACCGAGUCUGGACUGACUCCGUUGCACGUGGCCAGUUUUAUGGGAUGCAUGAAUAUCGUAAUAUUUCUGCUGCAACACGAGGCCAAUCCUGACGUGCCAACUGUUAGGGGCGAAACACCGUUGCAUUUGGCAGCUAGAGCUAAUCAAACAGACAUUAUCCGAAUUUUGUUAAGAAACGGAGCCAAAGUCGAUGCUCGUGCACGGGAACAGCAAACACCGUUACAUAUUGCAUCGCGAUUAGGGAAUAUUGUCAUUGUUAUGUUACUUCUGCAACAUGGUGCAGCAGUUGACACUACCACGAAAAAUAUGUACACAGCGUUGCAUAUCGCAGCCAAGGAGGGCCAGGAGGAGGUGACAUCUAUUCUUGUGGAUAAUAACGCUUCCCUUAAAGCCACAACCAAAAAUGGAUUUACUCCUUUACACAUAGCAGCUAAAUACGGCAACAUGAGCGUUGCAAAAAUUCUUCUGCAAAGAUCCAGCAAGUUAGAUGCACAAGGAAAGAACGAUAUAUCUCCUUUGCAUUUGGCAUGUCAUUAUGAUCAUCCAAAUGUUGCGAAUUUGUUAUUAGAGAAGGGAGCAUCUCCCCAUCUUGUUUCACAAAAUGGACAUACACCUCUGCAUAUUGCUGCUCGCAAAAAUCAGAUGGAGAUUGCUUCUACUCUUCUGGAAAGUGGGGCAAACGCAAACGCUGAAUCCAAAGCAGGAUUUACGCCAUUGCAUUUGAGUGCACAAAAAGGACACUACGACAUGACGAAUUUAUUAAUCGAACACGGAGCCGAUCCAAAUCACAAAUCAAAGAAUGGUCUUUCCGCGUUGCACUUGUGCGCCCAAGAAGAUUUCAUCAGAGUGGCUUCCAUUCUUGUAAAAAAUGGCGCGAAUGUCGAAACCGAAACCGAAACUGGUUAUCGGCCUAUACACGUUGCCGCUCAUUUCGGGCAUCUUUCGAUGAUACGAUUCCUUUUGAAACACAAUGCGGACAUAAACGUAAAAAAUAAUCAAAAUUACACAGCACUUCAUCAAGCUGCUCAGCAAGGUCAUGCCCAUAUUGUUACAGCUUUGUUAGAAGGAAAUGCUUCUCACAAAGCAAGGACCAACGAUGGUCUAACUGCGUUAAACAUUGCACAAAAAUUGGGAUACAUAUCCGUAACGGAAGUGUUAAAGGGACUGUCGUACGAUACGUUAAGCCCGGAUAAUAAAAAUUGGGACGAGAAAUAUAAAGUGAUCGCACCCGAAAGUCUACAAGAAACAAACUUCAUGUCUGAUUCGGACGACGAAGGAGGCUCGGAUGCGUUGAUUAGCGAGCAACCAUACCUCUAUCUUACAGCAGACUUAAUGAAAAGUUUAAGGGACGAUUCUCUUCCUAUCGACGUUACCAGAGACGAUCCAGUACACAGACAAGUUACUAAAGAAGGUCUUGAGGAGUUCACACAAAGCAAUAAUUACUGUUUAGCAGAGAACUUUGAUACCGAUGGAUUUAAUUUGGGCCGACUUCAUUUCCGAUCAUUUUUAGUAAGUUUCUUGGUAGAUGCGCGCGGUGGUGCUAUGAAAGGAUGUAGGCAUAGUGGUGUGCGUAUCAUCGUACCACCUCGUAGAGCAACGAUGCCGAUUCGGGUCACCUGUAGAUUGAUAAAACCAAACAAAGUAGCAAAUCUUCCUCCUUUAAUGGAGGGAGAGGCUUUAGCAACUCGUAUUAUUGAGAUGGGACCAAUUGGUGCAACAUUCCUUGGACCCGUAUUAAUCGAUAUACCACACUUUGCGUCCAUUCGAGGCAAAGAGAGGGAGAUUAUCAUCCUUAGAAGCGAAAACGGGGAAACCUGGAAAGAACACGACAACUCUGUGGACAACGACGACACUCUGUUAAAUACGCCAUAUGAUCCUCAAAUGAGCGCUACUCAUUCUGGCAGAAUCACUCGUAUAAUAACGACAGAUUUCCCGCAAUAUUUUGCCACCGUGACAAGAAUCAAACAGGAAGUUCACGUGAUCGGAGCGGAGGGUGGCAUUUUAAUAUCGAGCGUGGCCAAUCACGUUCAAGCAGUUUUCCCGCCAGGAGCAUUGACAAAAAAAAUUAAAGUUGGACUGCAGGCUCACGUGAUUCCAGCCGAACUUACAGCUAAAUUGCUUGGCAACUGCGUUGCCGUUUCGCCUAUAAUAACGAUCGAACCGAGAAGAAGAAAAUUUCAUAAACCGAUUACACUCACUAUACCGGUGCCACAAGCUGCGAACAAAGGAAUGAUCAAUCAAUACGGGGGCGAAACGCCUACGUUGCGUUUAUUAUGUAGCAUUGCAGGUGGGACAAGCGAAUCGCAGUGGGAGGACGUGACUGGCUCGACACCAUUAACAUUUAUGAACGACAAAGUAUCCUUUACUACGACAGUCUCUGCAAGAUUUUGGCUAAUGGAUUGUCGGAAUAUAGGCGCGGUAUCAAGAAUGGCCACAGAGUUGUACGAAGAGUCCUUGUACGUUCCAUACAUUAUAAAUUUUGUAAUCUAUUCGAAACGAAUGGAUGCUCUCGAAGCAACGCUACGAAUAUUGUGCAUGACAGAUGGAAAAGAAGGAAUGCACACUUUGGAAAGGCAAGAGGAAUUUGUCGAAAUUGUAAAAAGCCGCGACGUCGAAGCUCUCGAUGGAAAAGAUCUUUACAUCGAGUUCAGCGGUAAUUUGGUGCCUGUGACGAAGUCGGGAAUACAGUUGAAGUUCACAUUCAAAGCUUUUCGUCAAAAUCGACUGUCUUUCCACGUGAAAGUGAAAGAUCCGUUGUUGGACCCUGUAGCUAGAAUGCUCUUCAUGCGAGAGCCAAAGGUUGCCAAAGGAGAACCGCCACAGCAACCAAUUUGUGUAUUAAACAUUGUUCUUCCAGAAAUCUCGGCCAAGAUCGAACCUCCAAAGAAAUUAAAAGAGUACGAGGACUCGAAUAUCAUUAAUCAGAAAAUCGAUUCUUACAAAUCGAAAUACGAGAUGGAAGGUAAAGAGAAAAAGGACGAGCUGAAGGAGAUAUCGCCGUCGGAAAAUAAAUUCAUCAAGGACACCCUGCAAAAAGAACGAACAGAUGCUGUUACUAUUCAUGAAUCCCUUGCGCAAAAAGCGGCUUGUCCCCUAGAAUCUGUAGAUGCUAGUUAUCCCAGUAAAGUAGUCGGAGACGAGCAAGAGUUGUCGUCAACUAUCGAGAGGCAGACGUAUAAAGAGAAGAGGAAAUUCUGGGAGGAUAUAUCGAAGAAACGUGAAAGUUAUCAGCGAUCGGAGUCGGAUGUGUCGAGAACGUCGGAGCUGACGUUGAACGAAAGCGACAGCCAAUAUAUGCAAAAUGUUGGCACAGGGGGCACGGGAGCAACGUCUGAAAUGGAAAUGGAGAAAUCUGAAACGAUGGAGGAUCUGAACGUACCUGAUAUUUCGGAAUGCUCGGUGGCGGAAAAGGCUCAUUACUUCGAGGAGCAAAUACAGAAAGAAAUAACGAAAGUCGUACCGAAGUUGCAUCAACAACAGGUGGUCUCCUUGAAGACCGAGAAAGAGAAACCGACGAAAGGUAAAAUUGGCGAGAAAGAAAUGGGGGACGACGACGGCGACGACGAGGACGAGGACGAGGACGAGGACGAGGACGAGGACGAGGACGAGGACGAGGAGAGGUACAUAACGGAGUCCCACGAAACGAAGAAAACGGAGAAAACCCAUGAAAUCAUUUCGGAGACGAAGGAUCAGAUGGUCGAGGAAAGAAAAGAGAUGGAGAAAUCGGUUCUGGAAGACGAGAACGAAAAGGAUAAGGCGAAGAAAAUGUACAAAGACGUGAGCGAUGAUCGUAUAAAGUCAAAGAGCGACGCGUCGAAGCAUAUAGUUUCCGAAGAUAUCGUGACGGAGAAAACGGACGAGCCGGAAAAAUUGAAGGGAGAUGUCGAAAAGGUAGAUGAUUCGAUACGCGUGCAAUCGACGGAAGAGAUCGCGAAGAAGGAGAAGGAUGAAUCACAAAAGAUACAGAAGUGUAAAGAACAGGUGGUAGAACACAAAGAACAAUCGUCGAUACGUACAGAAGAGAAAUCAUUCGAAAGGAGGGAAGUAUUGGAAGAGAGUCGUACAUUGGUGAAAGAUGAACGGCGCGAAUCAAAGGUCAAAGACGUUACGGAGCAACAGCGUGGUGUGUCAGAUACGAUUAAAAAGCAAAAGGAAGGAGAAACGCCUGUGGGAGAUAAAGAAGAAAUUGAACGAGCUGAAGAAGUUGCGAAAGAAAUUGUUACAGAAAUGAAAGUUGAAAAAGAAAUUGUAAAAGAUGCAAAGAAGAGAGAAGAAGAAGGGAAAGGAGAUGUUACAGAAGCGAAGAUAGGACAAGAAAUGAUUAAAGAUGUAAAGAAGAAGCAGCAGGAAGAAGUGAAAGAACUUGUAUCAGAGGUUAAGAUAGAAAAAGAAAUUGUAGAAGAUGUAAAGAAGAAGCAGCAGGAAGAAGUGAAAGAACUUGUAUCAGAGGUUAAGAUAGAAAAGAUACAAGUUAUAAAGGAUGUAAAGAAAGAAGAAGUGACAGAACCUGUUAGAGAAAUAAAAAUAGAAAAAGAAAUUCUAAAGGAUGUAAAGAAGAAAGAGGAAGAAGUGAAAGGACCAGUUACAGAAGUAAAGAUAGGAAAAGAAAUUAUAAAAGAUGUUUGGAAGAAAGGUGAAGAAGUGAAAGAACUUGUAUCAGAAGUUAAGAUAGAAAAAGAAAUGAUCAAAGAAGCAAAGAAGAAAGAAGUGAAAGAACCUGUUAGAGAAAUAAAAAUAGAAAAAGAAAUUAUAAAGGAUGUAAAGAAGGAAGAGGUGAAAGAACCUGUUGGAGAAAUAAAAAUAGAGAAAGAAAUUGUAAAGGAUGUAAAGAAGGAAGAAGCGAAAGAACCUGUUGCAGAAAUAAAAAUAGAAAAAGAAUUAUUAGAGGAUAAAGAAGAGAUGCGGAAACGGAUCGAAGGAACCAAAGAAGAUGUAGAUGAUAUUGUUAGAGGAAGAAGUAUAGAACAUGAAGUGUGUAGAGUCGUGAAAGGGUCGGGAAAAGAGAAACCGGCUGAUAGAGAUCUAAGUACAGUGAAAGAGAGAGCUGGAGGAUCGAGAGUCCAUAAAGGGAGUACUGUUACAGAAACGUCUGGCGGAAGGCGUAUUAUAACGGAAGAGACUACUAUAAUUUAUAAGGUGCAGAAAGACGGUACACUGGUUCAGGAACAAGUGUUAAAAUCAGUUCAAAUAGGAGAAGGAGCGACCGACAGCGUAGGAUUGUUGUCCGGAGUUUCUAGAGACGCGAUCACUUCGAGCGAGUUGUACGAAACUGGGUCGGUGGAAAAGUUUAAACCUGAAAUUAUUUCCUCGGCGGACGUUAGCAACGAGAUACAGAAAUUUCUCGAAGGAAAGAGAAGAGUUGAAAUUGAAACGAUGGGAGAGAUCGAGCAGGGAACGAGUCUCGAAAUUGUCUCGAAAUUACCUAUCGUUCAACGAGCGAUUACGAAAGAAGAAACGGAAGUAAAAAAAGAAGACGAAGAAAGUAUCGUUAAAGAAGAGGGUGUAACGGAAGUCGAUACGAAACACGUGAAAAAGGAGUCGCGUAUUCCGGUUUCGACCGGAAAGGCGGACAAAGAUAAAGUUCAAAAGGAAACGAAACCGAAAGCAGGGGAAUUGAAAAAAAUUCCGAGCAAACCGGAACUCGCGAAAGAUUCGAGCUCCGAAUUAUUGGAGACAGUUUCACCGACUGGUAAGAAGAAAGAAUUCGAAUCUCGAAUUCCAAAACGCGUGGUGGACGUGAAAGCAACGUCGGAGAAACAAGGAGAGAAGGAGAGUCAGGCGAAGAAAGAAAACGAAACGUACACGAUAACGGAGAAGAAACUCAGCGAAGAAGUCACUUCGAAACUGGAGGAGCAUUUAACGACGAAGAGCGAGACGCAAACGUUUUCGAAAACGUUCACGGAUCCUCAGGACGCGUUCGAAAUGUUCGAAGAUGUGGACAGUAUGAAAAACAACUUUGCGACAGUUACUUGUAUGGUCGACCAUAAGAGUUCGAGCGUAUUGGAAAAGAAAGAAGUGAUCUCUUCGGAGAUUUGCAGCGGUACCGAUAAAAUAAUUACUUUGGAGGAGAAGGAACGCGUGGAGAAGAAGAAGUCGUGCGAGUCGCAGGUGAAGAAAGAAUCGCCAACGGAAACGGUGGAGGAAAAGAAGUCGAAAAUGGAGGAGUUGGAGAAAACAGCGAUUCAAAAGAUGUCGAUGAACCUGACGGAGACUGAAGAAGUGAUAGACGCGACUGCAGCGGAAUCGAGAGCAGAAAGAAAGAAAGAAGUGUCGUUCGAGAAGUUAUCGGAUGAAAAAGGGAUCACGACUCACGAAGCGGUAAGUAGUAUAAUAAGAGAAAGCGACGCUGAAGUUGCAAUUCGAAUCAAGAAAGAUAUUUCCGAGACAAAGGCGACUCGCGACAAAGACGAUAUAAAAAUAAUAGAAGAGGACGCUUCGGGAGAAAGAGUGUUCAAACCUGUUACGGAUUUCGAUAACGUCGAAAAGAUCGUCCACGGGGAGUCGCGCGCAGAGACGAAAGAAAGUUUCCAAGUUAGGAAAUUCACACCGACGGAGAAAAUUACGAAGGAGGAGUCCGAGACGAAGGAAGGUGAGAGAAUUACGCGGAUCGAAAGCUUGGAGGAGGCGCAACGAGAAAAAUUGAACGAGAUCGAGGCACGAGCGAUAGCGGAAACGUUGAUAAAGUCGAUCGAGAGCGAGAUCGAGGCGAAAUCAGCCGCUGAUCUGAAAACGGAAUUACCGAGCAAAGGAUAUUUGGAGGAAAUCGCGAGAGAAGGUGAAGGUAGCGAAUUCGAUCACGAGAAAUUAGCGGACGAUCUGACGCGUAAAUUCGAGAAGAUAAUGAAGAAAUCAGGGAGCAGAGAAGCGGAUAAAAUUGCAACGGAUCAGAGUUCAGCGGAGCUAGUAGGGAGAUCGAGGUCGUCGAUGCAAGAGGAAUCGUCGAGAGACAGCAUAAGCGUGAGCGAAGAUAUAACCAAAGACGAGGAAUCGUCUCCUCCGAUGAGCCCCAGCAGUAUAUCCGAGCUGAUAAAUUUCGAAGAGACGAUCGACGUGGACACGAACGAGUUGGUGGAAGACAUAUCAAAAUCGGUGAUGAGCACGCAAUUCGAGAAACAACGAUCGGAGAAAUAUGGUAGCGAAAUGGGGGGAUCGCGUGAUUUGCAGAGCGAGGAGAGCUUUCCGCGAGACAAGAUCGGUUCGGAAAUUUCGGACGUUAGGGUGUUAGAGGGUGUUGUCGAGGGUGGCGUGGAGAGCCAAUCGAGACAGGAUUCCGUGGACGUGCCUUCUCUGGAGAUGGACGAGCACAAAAUAUCCGAGCAGACCAGCAGAGGGAUCCCAUCUCUGCACGAAAGUGCAGACACGGAUUCGUUCGAGAGAAUAGUCCAAGAACGAGACAUAACGAUCAGCCCGAGCACCGUGUCGGAGGACACGAACGUAGAUUAUUCGUUGGUACAGGAAGCCGGGCAAAAGGAGCACGAGGCCAUAAGUAGAAAAAGGGCGGACAGUUUCGAGUACGAGAGCCCCCCGAUACUGUCCCCGAAAUCGAAAGUGAGCCUCGAGAUCAAGUCCGUGAAUUGGAUGAUCGGCGAGGAGAAGAUCGAGAUAUCCGAGACGUUGCAACCGUCGCAGAUAUUCAAUCAAGAGUUGGAAGCGUACGAGUCUAUGCGUAAAAAGGAGUGUCUAUCCUCGCAGGACGGAUCCACGGAUUACGAUCAGGAAUCGGUGACGAAAUCGUCGGAGGAAGUAAGCGUGAUAGAGUCGAUAAAGGAGACUUGUACCGACGUUGUUGUUGGAUCAUCAUCGGUUCCAUCGGUUCCAUCGGUUCCAUCGGUUCCAUCGGUUCCAUCGGUUCCAUCGGUUCCAUCGGUUCCAUCGGUUCCAUCGGUUCCAUCGGUUCCAGCGGUUCCAGCGGUUCCAGCGGUUCCAGCGGUUCCAGCGGUUCCAGCGGUUCCAGCGGUCGCGAAGAGCACGAAAUUUACAGUAAUACCGAUCAGCGAGCAAGAUUUUGAAAGUGAAUUAGUAGAGAAUAAAUUAGACGUUAGUUGUCAGGAAUUAGUCGAUACGUUGCAGCGCGAGUACGACGCGAAAACGCCGAACAAAGAAUACGUGGAGAGUAUGGAAGAGAAGGUGGGUAGGGAAGAGGUCGUGGAAUCGGAGAAACGCGAAGAGGAAGCAGUUAAAGUGGAAAAAGAGGUUGGCGAGGAUCGUGGUGGUAGCGUUUGUGCGGAGGUUGUUACAAAGAAAUCGAGCGUGACGGUUACGAGGCCAGAGAUCGAAUUAAAAUUGGAAAAGGUGAAAAGAACGCAAGAGGGAAGAGAGUCGGAGGGAUUGAAAGAAUGGACGGAGGGUUAUUUGUCGAAGAUAAAGCCGUCGAGCGACGAGUACAAAAGGCAUAUAGAGAAGAGUACGGAGAAACACGAUAAGCCCGGUAGAUCCGUGACAGUUCCUUCAGACACUUGUGCCUUGAAAAUAAAAAAAGAGGAUUUUUCCGGCGUCGAUCUGAGCGCACGGUACGCCAUAACUGUUUUAGAUCAGGUAGUUAAGAAGGAGAUCGCCGAGGUGAAGGAGUCGCUGGAAGCGGCGAAACAAGACUUGAUAGAAGAGUUAAGCGAGAAUAGUGAAACUGUGAUUCAAAUAAAAGACUCUCCCUCCGAGUUUCAGUUUAAGUUGCAACCCGAAUCCAUUCCGAACGAUUUACCAUCUUUAUACAAAUCAUCGUCCCCCGAGCGCGACACCGAAAUAGCUAAGAGCGAUUCUGGUAUCGGCGAGUCGGCGCCGCCGCCAUAUAUCGUUGAAAGUAAAACGCACGCAGAGGAAUCAGCGGUCGAUACGCCGGUAAUCGUAACGAGACGAGAAACGGUUGUGAUCGAAACCGAGACCGAAACUGAAAUCGAAACCGAAACCGAAAACGAAAAGUCUGAGAUAGAGACUGCGAUUAUAACCGUCCAGGAAGAUACGAAGGAUGACGAGGAGGGUCAUCCGAGUCCCGUGCCAGUCAGUAGAUCGGGAUCCGACAUUGACUAUAAAGACGAGAGCUCGUCUUUGGUGUUGCCGUGCCCGAUAUUACGGAGACGCCAUAAAUCAGCGAGAGGUUCGAAGAGGGUCGCGUCAGAGAGCGAGGCGGAUGUUGGAUCCAGCUCGGGCGAUAGCAGCAAUUAUCAGUCUUGCGAUUACGAGAUCGGUAGUGGUAGUAGACCCAGUUCGUCCGACAUAGAGGCUCUGCAGUCCGGCGGUUGUAUACUGUCGGCGACAGCCUCGGAAUACGAGACGGCGAUGAUGUCGAUCGAGCACUCGACCUCCUCCAAGCAAACCUCCCAAGAGUAUCACACUGCCGCGACCACGAUGAGCUCCAGGGAAUCGAUGAAGUCGUUGACUUCGUUGAGUUCGGGCCAUCUGGGAAGCAUCGACAGCACCAGCGAGUUCUCCGAGACUCUGGUCCCAUCCGAGGGCGAGGGCGAGGGCGAGGGCGACGAGAAAGAAGAGAUCGAAGACGACUUGAAGGGUUCGUUCGAGGAGGAACGAACAGAGCAGUCGGACUCUUCGGGCAGCGACAUACCUAUCGACGAAUCGAUGGACAAGAUCGACAGUCACAUACCGUAUCGCAUGAAGAGAUCGUCGGAAAUGAUCUUCCCCCAAAAGGAAGAGGAGGUCGAGGAGGAAAAAUCGCCAACGGACGGUAAAGGGAUCGAUUUUGCUACAUCGACCGUGACGGGGAGUUCCGGGGCUUUGAAAUCUGUAGAUAUCAUGACGUCGCGUGUUUCCGAAGACGGUAUACAGAGCGUGUGCACUCAGGUGAGCUCGGUGCAAACAGCGUUGGACGCCGAGAAGGAGAUGGAGAGGAAAGCCGUGGAUAGUCCGGAGAGGAUCGAGACGGCGUUGGACGGGGAAAUCGCAGAGCGUGAUUUUUUAGAAGAAAAGUACCCGGCGACGGGACCGACGACGGGACCGACGACGGGACCGACGACGGGACCGUCGAACGAGAGUUCCGAGACGUCCGCGCAAAUAUCGACGAUGCAACAGGCGAGCAUGUCCACGUCCUCGACGUCGAUCGGGUCCGUGACGACGGUGAUCGGUAAAGAGAAAUCGGAUCGUCAUUCGCCGGACAGCGACUCGUUCGAGAUCGUCGACAAGCCUGACAUAAUCGACGACUUUGUGGUGAUCGAGGAGGUGGGACGGGAAGCGAAGGAAUUCGAUUCGGAAGGUAAGAGCAUACGCAUCAGUUCCGUGCCGAUCGUGAGCAGCAAGAACUACGAUCGCGAUCUCGAGAACCUUUUGACCGAUAGGAAAACGGAUUUGCAAGAAACGGCGAGCCAUUCGUCGAAGAACAACGAACUGUUCGAUUUCGAGUCGCAAGAGAGCCCGCCGCAAGCUUCGAACGACGAUCAGUACUCUCAGUCGUACUCGGACGACGAGCAGUUCGAGGAGAGUAAAAAAUGGGUGGAGAUGCUGUUCCACGUGGAUGCUCGAGUCUGCGGUGUCGAGUACGAUCGUGGUCCUUUGGAGGAUAUAAAGGAGGAAGAGGUAACCGAUUUCGAGGCCGGUAGCAGUAGAUUCGGAAGUCUGGGUAGCCAGAAAGAGUCGAUAGGUAGCGUGGGUAGCAUGCGUGGUAGUUUCGGUAGCACGCCGGAUUACGACGUUUUGGCGAGUAAAAAGUAUUUCGUUAAGACGGCGGAGCACGAUAACGUGUCGUUGAGUUCGCUGCAGGAGUUUGAGCAUUUGGAGAGCGCCGUGGCCGCUGAGAAUUCAAAGAAGUUGCAGUGCGGUUCCCACGAUUCCGUUAACAACGGCAGUCUUCCAAAAAGGUACACGGCCAGCCGAUCCGGCCACGGCGACGACGUCUCGCUGUCCUCGUUGAAGGACUUUGAGGGGCUGGAGAAGGCCUGCCGGGAGGCGCAUUUAAUCGAAUUACGAGCGAGAGAGGAAGAAGACUUACUGGAGCACGAGAGCCCCGAGAACAGAUACAAAUUGGAGAACCUGACGAGGACGCGAGUCGACACGAACAACGUGGGCUCGUUCAAUCCGAGCACAUCGGGAUCGGACGACUACGAGAAGAGGAUCAAAGAGAUCGACGAGAUCAUACGCAUAGCACAAUCGAACGUGGAGAGAUUCGAUCGACAGGACGACACGACCGAGGAUAUUUCGCAGAUCGAGAUCAUGGACGCGGAGAAAACGGGAAUCCAACUACCAGCCGUUCAGUCUGCUUCCAAGCAGGAGGAAACGAAGGAUGUACAUAUUCAAAAGGAGACUAACAUUAUGGAGACGAGUACGGACUCGCUCGAGUUGGAGGACAACGUGGACAUGAAACACCAUCCGUUGUGUCGAAGUUCCGAUUCGUUGGAGAUGAAGACCACCUUGGAUUUCCCUUCGUUGAGUUCCGAUUCGUUGAACAAUGUACGGGAGGGGAAAGAGGCGCAGUCGGACAUGGUCGGGCACGCUAGCUUUAGACGCAUCUCCUCGGAUUCUUUAGAUAUGCCUUUGCUCGAACAACAGAACGUCGACCAACACGAAAGGAAUAGCGAAGAAAAUGAGAAUUCGGAUGGCGCGCCGUCGGACAAUUCUUUAGAACAGCAGAGGCUAGAAAAUACGGAAACCGAUGUUAGAAACGAGAAGGCGAGGACAACACCAAGUACUGGUACAUAGGAAUAUUUUCGUAGAUAGUGGACCAUCGCGGUUAAUUUCUCACAACAUUGGCCAACGCCACAACGAUGUAUUAUCACAACAUUUGAAAUGCUUUAUGUGUACGACAUAACAUACAAAAUUUUUUAUAACGUAUUAAUGCAUUUGUCUUUGUUUACUGCAAUAUAUUCUAAGAAACGUUCGCAUUUGAAAUGCUUAAGUAAGGUAGUGUUAUGAUCCCCGAAGCUGUAAGAUUGUUACCGAAAUGAGAUAGAAAUAUGAAUGGCGUUUAAUUGUUUUAUAUUAUAUCCGAAUCAGCAUACUUGUCUCAUUACCGUUAAGUUAGUUUCGUAGGUAUUCGCCGAUCGUCUUGCUUGACAUUCUUUUUCUUUUUUCUCGAUUGUUUCUAAUAAUUAAGUUGCAGUUAUAAAAUUUCUAUUUUUAAUGUUAUUUACGUGUUCGAUUUGUAUAAUAGUAGUAUUAUAGUAUUAUAAAAGUGACAUGUGUUGUAACUUGAUCGAUUUUAACGUAUCUUUGCGACUACGCUUUCUCAACGAGUUCUAAAACGCUUUACUUAUUGCAUAUGUAUAUUGAUUUUGAGGAACGUUUACAAGCUCCGGCGCGCGUUAAUAUUAAUUGUAUUUACGAGAAAUAACAAAUUUAUAUUAGUUAAAUAGAAAGAUUUUUUACGUAAAUUGUAAUAUUUAAGAUUUUAAGAGAAAACUGUCGAGAUCGUCGUUUUGUUGUUUUAAACGUAAGAUGCGUAUAAAAUUUUCAGACAGUUUUUCUAUACAAAAUUUACAUCUAUACAAGAUAUUCCUUAAACUUUU